AAACCUAACCGGGUAGCAACUUACAAAGCCGUUACGCACUCGGAGUAUCAAUACGCGAGCGUGUGACUCCGAAAUCUUGCAAACGAGUCUAAUAUGUUGAUAUUAUCUUCUAUCUCCCCUUUACAGUUUUCCAUCUUCGUUUAGCAAGAUACCCUAACAUAUUUUCCUUUUCUUUCUUGUUCGGUCUCUACCUAAGUACCUAGAUUACUUUCACACUUGGAUUACAAAAUAAAAAAAUAGAAAGUCGAUCAUUCGGCAUACGCGUGCAAAUAAAGUACUACCACUAGAACAUAUUCUUUAGACGCCUUUCCUCAGCUUAAGUUCACCCGCCGCAAUUAAGCUACCAUGCUACUUCCAACAUCCGCGCUGCUCCGCAGCAUAUUCCGGCAUCGCCUAGAGCACCUACGCGUCGGACACCUAUCACGCUCAGCGCCCCGCCGCUUCCAAUCCAGUACUCCCGGUCCGAAGCCCGGCAACGGAGGUGAGACCGCGAAACCAAAACCGCCAACCGGGGAUCCGAUCCCGGUGGGUAGCACACCAGUUCCUCCCGUACCUCUGUGGCAGAGACUCGGCCCCCUAACACGCGCCGGUGAAGCCUAUGGUCGUGCCCAGCGGAAAAGACCCUGGGCUACGCAGAUCGUCUCCGCGCUCGUCAUCUAUCUAGUCGCCGAUAUUAGCGCGCAGCGCAUAGGCGGCAAGGACUACGUGCCUGAACGUACUGCUAGGAAUCUAGUUAUUGGUGGCGUAUCUGCUGUGCCGAACUUCCUCUGGUUCGUCUGGCUUUCCCGACACUUCAACUACCCAUCCCACAUCCUCUCACUUGGCGUCAAGAUUGUUGUCAAUCAACUCGUCUUCACGCCCACUUUCAACAGCUACUUCUUCGGCGCUCAGGCGCUGCUAGCCGGGGACUCUCUUGCCGAGACCUGGGACCGAAUUCGCCGCACUGUUCCCGUUAGUUGGGUCAACGCUUGGAAGCUGUGGCCUGCCGUUACUGCCUUUACCUUCACUUUCAUCCCUAUUGAGUACCGCAGCGUCGUUUCGGGCGUCGUUGCCGUCGGCUGGCAGACCUACCUGAGCUACCUGAACCGCCAAGCUGAGAUCGAGGAGGAAAUGGCUCAUAGAAGGACCGUAGCUGCUUUGCCUGCUGUUGAGGCGACGUCCUUGCAGCUCAAUACCCAGAAACCUCGAAUAACUGCAUGAAUUCAAGUUUCGUUUCUUUGCGGAUUUCCCAAAAAAUACGGAUUCGGGAACGAGAUAGACUACCUAGACUUAUGGUUGGCGUUGUAGCAUGCACGGCCUAAUAUCAACAAGGGGGUCAUUAGCAUGUACGGAGGUGAAAUGGCAUUCAUAUUAAUCGGUUAAUAAAAGCUUCCUUAAUACUAGCAUAUCUUCUCUCCGUCACUAGAUCUGCUGUCAGGGCUAGGAUUCCCAAGAUUGGUUAUAAACUGUUGUUUAUGUUAAAAACUAAAGGGAGGACUAGGCUACUACAAACUCACGUUAUAGAUUCACCAUAAUUACAUAGAUGUGCAUAAUAUAUAUCUCUUUAAUUAUACGAA